AUGGCAAAGAAAGCUUUGAUUGCUCUCACUUCCUACAACGAAGUCUUCUACAGAGACGGAGCUAAAACAGGCGUUUUCGUCGUCGAGGCAAUGCAUCCCUACGAUGCUUUCACGGGAAAGGGCAUUGAAGUCGACUUCGUUUCCGAGACGGGCACUUUUGGAUACGACGAACAUUCUCUCAACUCUCUCAACGGUGAGGACUUGAAGGCGUUUGAGGACAAAUCGUCCAGCUUUAGCAAGGGCAUCCAUGCUGUCAAGAAGCCAGGUGAAGUCAAGGCCGAAGACUACUCCAUCUUCUUUGCCUCUGCUGGCCAUGCUACCUUGUUCGACUACCCGACUGCCAAGGGUUUGCAGGAUUUGGCUUCCAAGAUCUAUCAGAACGGAGGCGUCGUUGCCGCCGUUUGCCACGGUCCAGCGAUCUUCGAGAACUUGAAAGACUUGGAUACCGGCAGGUACCUCGUCGAGGGGAAGGCUAUUACAGGCUUCACGGACAUCGGAGAGGUGAUUUUAAAAGUGGAUGACAUCAUGAGGGAAAAGAAUCUCAAGAGUGUUGAGGACAUCGCCAAACUGCGGGGCGCCAAAUAUCUCGCUCCCAUCGGCCCAUGGGAUGACUACUCGAUAACUGAUGGCCGUGUUGUCACUGGUGUGAACCCAGCAUCUGCGCACUCGACUGCUGUUAGAGCCAUGGAGGCCGCUCAAGGUUCCCAGGCCUAG